AUGGCGGCCCCGGCCGCGCUGCGCCCGCUCCUGCCCCUCGUCCCCCUCGCCGCCGCGCUGGCGCUGGCCGCGGGCGGGGGCACGGCGGGGACAGAGCCGCGCUCCGGCAGCGACAUCGUCCAUCCCAUCAAGGUCGACGAGAGCGGAUCCUUCCUGUCCUACGACUUGUCCCACCGGGCCCUUCACCGGAGGUCUCCGGCCUCCAGGAGCAAGCUUCCCGCCUUCUACGAGCUGCAGUACAGAGGGCAGCCCCUGAAAUUCAACCUGAGCCUCAACAGGCACCUCCUGGCUCCGGGGUUUGUCAGCGAGAGGCGUUUCGGGGGCAUCGCCGGCGCCAAGAUCCAGCCUCGCUCCUACAACUCGUGCCACAUGAUCGGGGAGGUGCGGGGCCGGGCGCCGCAGGGCGGGCUGGCUGCCCUCAGCACCUGCGAUGGCCUGAAAGGCGUGUUUCAGCUCAUGAACGAGGACUAUUUCAUCGAGCCCGUGUCCGGCAGCCCCCGGCAGGAGGGAGCAGCACAGCCCCACAGGAUCUACAAGCGCCAGGUGCCCAAGGACAGGGCUGAGCAGGGCAGGAGACCCCCGGCCCCGCGGGAGUCCUGCGGCGUGCGAGAGUCUCAGGAAAGCCUGGAGCGGUCUGAGAGGCGCAGGGAGAGGUGGGAGCAGAAGCAGCGCAGGAGGAGAAGGAUCAGGCAGCGCUCCAUCAGCAGGGAGAAGUGGGUGGAGACGCUGGUGGUGGCAGACACCAAGAUGGUGGAGUUCCAUGGUAGUGCCAACAUCGAGAAGUACGUGCUGACCGUCAUGAACAUGGUGGCGGGGCUGUUCCACCACGCCAGCAUCGGGAACCCCAUCAACAUCGCCAUAGUGCGGCUGAUCCUGCUGGAGCACGAGGAGGAGGACCUGAAGAUCUCCCACCACGCAGACAACACCUUGAAAAGCUUCUGCAAGUGGCAGAAGAACAUCAACGUGAAGGGAGACUCCCACCCCCUGCACCACGACGUGGCCGUGCUGCUCACCAGGAAGGACAUCUGUGCUGCCAUGAACAGGCCCUGUGAGACCUUGGGGCUGUCCCACGUGGCCGGGAUGUGCCAGCCCCACCGGAGCUGCAACAUCAACGAGGACACGGGGCUGCCCCUCGCCUUCACCGUGGCCCACGAGCUGGGACACAGUUUUGGGAUUCAGCAUGAUGGAAGCAGCAAUGACUGUGAGCCAGUUGGGAAAAGACCUUUCAUCAUGUCUCCACAGCUCCUGUAUGACACGUCCCCACUCACCUGGUCCCGCUGCAGCCGCGAGUACAUCACACGCUUCCUCGACCGGGGCUGGGGGCUGUGCCUGGAUGACCCCCCAGCCCGGGAGCUGCUGGACUUUCCCCUGGUGCCCCCGGGCGUCCUGUACGACGUGGGCCACCAGUGCCGGCUGCAGUACGGCCCCCACUCCACCUUCUGCGACGACAUGGACAGUGUCUGCAGCACGCUGUGGUGCACGGUGGGGAACACGUGUCACUCCAAGCUGGACGCGGCUGUGGACGGCACGGCCUGCGGGGAGAGCAAGUGGUGCUUCAACGGCGAGUGCGUUCCCGUGGGCUUCCGGCCCGAGCCCAUCGACGGCGGCUGGAGCUCCUGGAGCUCCUGGGCCUCCUGCUCCCGCAGCUGUGGAGCAGGAGUGCAGAGUGCUGAGAGGCACUGCAGCCACCCCACGCCCAAGUACGGGGGCCGGUUCUGCCUGGGCGAGCGGAAGCGGUUCCGGAUCUGCAACGUGCGGCGCUGCCCCCCGGACAAGCCCUCCUUCCGCCAGCUCCAGUGCAGCCACUUCAACCCCAUGCUCUACAAAGGGAAGCUCUACAAGUGGACGCCAGUGCCCAACAACAUUAACCCCUGCGAGCUGCACUGCCGGCCCGAGCACGAGUACUUUGCGGAGAAGCUGCGGGACGCGGUGGUGGACGGGACGCCCUGCUACGACGGCGACGCCAGCCGCGACGUCUGCAUCAACGGCAUCUGCAAGAACGUGGGCUGUGACUACGAGAUCGACUCGCACGCCGUGGAGGAUCGCUGCGGGGUCUGCCACGGGGACGGCUCCACCUGCCACACCGUCCACAAGACCUUCGAGGACAGCGAGGGGCUGGGCUAUGUGGACAUUGGGAUUAUCCCCGUGGGAGCCCGGGAGAUCCGGAUUGAAGAAGUGGCCGAAGCCGGGAAUUUCCUGGCGCUGCGGAGCGAGGACCCGGAGAAGUAUUUCCUGAAUGGUGGCUGGACCAUCCAGUGGAACGGGGACUACAGGGUGGCAGGGACCACCUUCACCUACAAGAGGACAGGGAACUGGGAGAACCUCACCUCUCCGGGGCCGACCGUGGAGCCCGUGUGGAUCCAGCUGCUGUUCCAGGAGACCAACCCCGGGGUCAGGUACCAGUACACGAUCCAGCGCCCGGCCGAGAGCGAGAACGAGAUCGAGCAGCCCGAGUUCCUGUGGCGCUUUGGCUCCUGGACCACCUGCACGGCCACCUGCGGGACAGGGGUGCAGCGGCAGGUCGUGCACUGCGUGGAGAGGCUGGCGGGCCUGGUGGAGGAGCGGUUCUGCGACGCGCUCGCGCGCCCCGACGACCAGCAGCGCACCUGCAGCGAGGAGCCCUGCCCGGCCAGGUGGUGGGUGGGCGAGUGGCAGAAGUGCUCGGCCUCGUGUGGCCGGGCGGGGCUGAUGAAGAGGACGGUGCUGUGCAUCCAGAGCGUGGGGCUGGACGAGCAGAGGGCCCUGCAGCCAGCGGACUGCCAGCACCUCGCCAAGCCAGAUGCCACUGCUCCCUGCCACCCAGAGGUCCCCUGCCCCUCCCCGUGGGCUGUGGGGAACUGGUCUGAGUGCUCCGUGACCUGUGGGAACGGGACCCAGCGGCGCCCAGUCCACUGCAGCAGCAGCAGCAGCAGCGGGGCCCCGUGUGAGCCUGCCCAGAGACCCAGCCCCGAGAGGGUUUGCUCCUUGCCACAGUGCCACCAGAAAUGGGACACCACCGACUGGUCCGGCAGCGGCUCCUCCAGCAGGGAGAUAUUUAAUGAAAUCCAUUACAUGCCCAGCAACCGCAUUCCUAAAUUUAACCCCUUGGUCCCAAACAUCCCGGAGUCCAACGAUGUCAAUGUCAUCACCGAGGAGGACUUCUCAGCCAGGAAAGGAAAUGUCUUUGUUGAUGAUUUUUACUACGAUUACAACUUUAUCAACUUCCACGAGGAUCUGUCUUACUAUCCCUUCACGGAGAAGGAGACCAAAGGCGAGGAGCCAAAGGCAGAGCCGAGCCCUGAUGGCACGGGGGGGCCCUGGGAGCUGCCCACCGAGGCCCUGCUCACCACCGAGCUGGGAGGAGAGAGCCAGGAGCAGCCAGGCACCGAGGAGGAGCACACUUCUGCUCCCGUGCGUGGGCGAGACACAGAGCCCGGGGAUCUGGCCACGAGUGACCUCCUGAGCAUGGUCCCCGAGGAUGGGGGAUCAGCCACUCCCAGAUACACCACCCCUGGCUUUUUGGGUGAGGAGGAGGAGGAGGAGGAUGCAGUGCCUGUGCCCCGCUCUCUGCCCAGCCAGAGCUCCGUGAGCCAGAGCUCUGCAAACCACCCGCGCUGGGCUGAGCCCCACGGAGCUGUGCCCACCAGCAGCAGCCUUGGGCAGGGUGCCCCCGCUCCCGGGGGUGCCCAGGCAGCCGAUGUGGGCUGGGGCAGUGCCGGGCUGGAUGUGUCCCAGGGGCCAGCAGCACGGGGCAGCGGGGGCCCUGCGAGCACCCAGGGACACGGCACGGCCCCGUCCGCAGGGAGAGGCCACGGGGACUCCGGGGAGAUGGCCCUGGCCACCACCAGUGACACCAAUGGUGCGGCCCCAGAGCCCAGCGAGCAGCACGGGUGGGCAGGAAUGCCAGAGGGGAUGCUGGCCACGCGGGCAGGAGGGCAAUCCCGUGGGAUGGAGAGGGCAGAUCUUGCCUUGCCCACCCUGCAGGCCCCCGGCCCGGAGGUGGCAGGGAGUGCUGGCAGCCCCCACCCUGCCGUGAGUCCCCCUCCUGCGGGUGCUGAUGGGGCUCCUGUGGGACAGGGAGGGCACCAGCCAGAGCUCCACACCCCCACAGCCCCCACCUCAACCCCCUCGGUGGCCACGACCGCCCCUCCAGCGUCCUUGUCCCCUGCCGUGCCCGGGCCAGCCACCCAGCUCACCUCCAGUGGCCUCAGCCAGCAGGAUGCCCUGGUCCCAGCCGUGCCCACAGCCCCAGCUCGUGGCCCACCUGCCCACACAGCAGGGUCCCCCCUGGAAUGGGGGACAAAGGGGGUGGCCCAGCACCCGGAUCUGGCAUCGCCCCACACCGAGCUGACCUCCCAUGGGACCCCACUCAGCGUCCCUGCACCGAGGGACCCCUCACCGUGGGCACCCCCAGGGACAUCAACGAGGGAGCCCUCACCGUGGGCACCCCCAGGGACAUCAACAAAGGACCCCUCACCAUGGGGACACCCAGGGACAUUAACAAAGGAGCCUUCACCGUUGGGACACCCAGGGACAUCAGCAAGGGACCCCUCACCGUGGGCACCCCCAGGGACAUCAACGAGGGACCCCUCACCGUGGGGACACCCAGGGACAUCAACGAGGGACCCCUCACCGUGGGCACCCCCAGGGACAUCAAUGAGGGACCCCUCACCGUGGGCACCCCCAGGGACAUCAACAAAGGAGCCCUCACCGUGGGCACCCCCAGGGACACCUGCCUCCAGUGACGGGGGGCAGGAAUUGUCCCAGCCCACCCCUUUGCCCCCCCUGCUCUGGGAGAAGAGGCUGCAGGAGGAGGAGGAGGAGGAGGAGGAGGAGGAGGAGGCUCUGCCUCCACCGUCGCCCACCACAGCAGCCGCUGCCAAGCCCAGCUGGGAGGUCGGGAACUGGAGUGAGUGCUCGGCCACGUGCGGCCUGGGCGCGGUGUGGAGGCCGGUGCGCUGCAGCAGCGGCAGUGACAGCGGCUGUCCCGCGGCCGACCGGCCCGUGCCCGCCCGGAGGUGCUCCCUGAGACCCUGCUCGGCCUGGCGCGUGGGCAACUGGAGCAAGUGCUCCAGGAGCUGUGGUGGGGGCACGAAGGUGCGGGACGUUCACUGUGUUGACACCAGGGACCAGCGGCUGCUGCGGCCGUUCCACUGCCAGGCCGGGCUGUCCCAGCCCCCGGCACAGCUGCCGUGCCGCAGCGCGCCGUGCCUGGCCUGGUACACGUCCUCCUGGAGAGAGUGCUCGGAGCCGUGCGGCGGCGGGGAGCAGGCCCGGCUGGUGACGUGCCCGGAGCCGGGGCGCUGCGAGGAGACCCUGAGGCCCAACAGCACCCGGCCCUGCAACAGCCAGCCCUGCACCACCUGGGUGGUGGGCUCCUGGGGACAGUGCUCGGCUCCCUGCGGAGGGGGCAUCCAGCGGCGCCAGGUGAAGUGCAUCGACACCAGGACGGGGGUGGCCGAGGAGGACAGCAGCCUGUGUGACCACGAGCCGUGGCCAGAGAGCACCCAGAAGUGCAACCCCCAGGAGUGCGACAGCUCCGAGCCAGGUGUCCCCUGCGAGCGCGACCGCCUGACCUUCGCCUUCUGCCAGACGCUGCGGCUGCUGGGCCGGUGCCACCUGCCCACCGUGCGCGCCCAGUGCUGCCGCAGCUGCCGCCAGCACGGGCUGCCGCCAGCGCCCGGCCGCGCCCGCGGCGACCAGCGGCUGUCCCGGAGGUGACAGCGCUGUCCCCGCGGCUGCCGGGCCCUGCAGGACUGGUGCCUCUGCCCCAGCUCUGUAGCUCGUGCCGCUCUCUAACGGUGCUCAGACCAUCGCUGGCGCUGCCGGGGCUGGGCUCCCGCUGCUCCCCACGGGCGCUCCGGGGAGUGCUGCCCUGCCCGGGCACGCCAGCGGGGAAGCAGAGGGAAAGGGGAGCUGAAAGCAGCAAUAAUUUGGGGAGGACCUCUCAGAAAUGCUUAUGGUGCUAUCGUUUGACCUUUGCAGCCUCUCGAAGGUGUUGGCUGGCCAGCACAAACCUUGACUUUUAUUAUUAUUUUUAUAUCUCUGAGGUGAGCAUCCAGCAUUCCACCGGCUCUGCUGACCCUUUGGGGUAGGGAUUUUUUUUUUUUUUUUUCCUUUAAGGGACUUGAAGCUGGCAACCCAUUUCUGUAAUUUUCAUUAAAAUGUUUACGCACUGAAGCUAAAUAGAUUUAACUUGAGAAGUAGAGGCAGGGCAGAGGAAUAAAGUUUCAGCUUCAGCUGGGGCUGUGCAGGGCUCUGUCUCCCCAUUGCUGUGUCCCUCUGGAGCAGAGGGCAUCACCAGGGACACCGAGGUUUGCAGUCCAGCAGGGCAUUCCCAUUCCUUUGCGUGCCUUCGGGCAGGAGAGGGAAGCUGCCCUGGCAGGGAGUGGCACAUCCCCUCCCUCGUGGGCAGCCAAGUGCUCAGUCCCUGGAUUUCUGUAUGUGUAGCAGUGUAAUGCUUGGUUAAGGUGUUUUUCUGUGGCCUGACAGGCUGAACCCUUUUUUCCCCCCUGCUUAUCUAGAUUCUCCUCUGUUAAGGUUAGCUGAUUUUUAACUAGAAUAUCCCAUUUACUCUGAGGCACAGCCCCUACUGCCUGCUCCCGGAGCGGUGUGGGAACAGAUCCCUCCCUGUCUCGGGGAGGGAUUCCUGCCAGCUUGGUCUCUGGAGGAGGGCAGGAGCGUUUAGGUAGGAAUUCCUUUCCCUAUUACUCUUCAGGCUGUGGAGGAUGCCCAAAAACUGGGGGACCUUGAGGGGCAAUCCUCCCUGCACUGGGCAGAGUCAGGCUGGAGCCCAGCCCGGGCUGCAGCACUCAGCCCAAACGGGGAAAUUCCUGUGUGUGAUUUGUAUGUAAAACACCAGCCACGAGCUCACCAUUUGUGCUUUAUUCCGUUCCAAGGUGGUGUAAAGUUUUUGUGGUCCGAGAACCUGUGUCCAGUCCUGGUUUCCUUGUCCCCAGCACCAUCUGUCCCACAACCUGUCACCCUCCCAGGACUGCAACGGGACGACCCUUGUGUUGGGCUCUCAUGGCCACAGCUCACAAAGUGUGUUAAAUUAAACAAUUACUGAAGGAA